AUGUCUACACCCACAAAGAGUCCUGCUUCCGUAGCAACAGACAGAAUCCUCUCUCUUAAAAAUCACUUGAAAGACUCUUUGAAUCCAUCCGACGACUUACACAAAGCAAAAACAAUGGCAUCUUCAUAUAAAUUUGAAGGAUGGAUGGCGUUGGAUAAGGAGGCUGCUAAGGGGAAAAUGGUAUGGCAAGAAUUCGAGCCAAAGACUUGGACGGAGGAUGAUGUCGAUAUCAAGAUUGCCUACUGCGGUAUCUGUGGGUCUGAUCUUCAUACAUUGAGAUCUGGAUGGGGCGCGACAAAUUACCCAGCUUGCGUAGGACAUGAGCUAGCUGGUACUGCUGUGAAAGUGGGGAAAAACGUAAAGCACAUCAAGCUUGGUGAUCGAUGCGGUGUUGGUGCACAAUCAAGUGCUUGUCUGAAGCCUGAGUGCGAGGAAUGUGCAAGUGGAAUGGAGAACCAUUGCACAAAAAUGGUUGGAACUUAUAACGGAGUUUAUCCCGAUGGUUCCAAGUCAUACGGUGGUUAUGCAGAUUACUGCCGUGCUCCAUCGCAUUUUGUUGUCAAGAUUCCCGAUGGACUUUCUCUUGCCGAAGCAGCUCCUAUGUUGUGCGGAGGUGUUACAACCUGGUCACCCCUUGUCAACAACGGAGCUGGGCCUGACAAGCGAGUCGGAAUAGUUGGUAUCGGAGGCUUGGGUCAUUUUGGUCUUCUAUGGGCCAAGGGUCUCGGCUGCAAAGAGGUUGUUGCAAUCUCCCGAUCAAGCGGAAAGAAAGCCGAUGCAGAGAAGAUGGGUGCCACCAAGUUCAUUGCUACAGACGAAGACGAAAAUUGGGCCAAGAAGAACGCUAGAUCUCUUGACUUGAUCGUCUGCACCGUCUCUAGCCCAAAAAUGCCAAUCGCUGGAUAUCUUUCAUUGCUAAAAACCAAGGGUGAAUUCAUUCAGGUUGGAGCUCCAGAGGAUGUCAUUCCAGCUUUGAAUAUGUUCGCCUUCAUUGGAAAGGGAGUAAAGCUUGGAGGUAGUGCAAUCGGUACACCAAAAGACAUUAGUGAGAUGUUGGAGUUUGCUGCCAAAAACAAUAUCCAUCCUUUUAUCCAGGAGAGACCAUUAUCAGAGGCAAACCAAGCUGUUGUCGAUAUGGAGAAUGGAAAAGCUCGUUACCGCUAUGUCUUGGUGAACGAGAAGCAUGCAAAGGAGUUGAAGCAAUGA